CCACGGGAAAACAAGUGGUGAUUAUUGUUAGGUUUCUCUCGUUCUCUCUCUCUGGACUCUGUACGGAGCUCUGGGCCAGAUUACUCAGGAAUGGAUUCAUGAAGUCACUGUUACACAUGUGCUGUCGACGACAAAGAACAAUGUCCAAAGACGUUACCCCUUUUUGAAUCAUAAACAACACAUCCUUGUUAUUUUCCCCUGUUUGUAUACAUAAUUGAUUAGAUUUUGUACCGUCGGCUCCAAUUCAGUGAUAGGAAGGUCCUUUACUUAGGUUCUGAAACUCGAUUUCCGAUCAAAAGGUUAUAAGUGAGAGAGACGAACGGUUAUGGGACUGAGCAUGGGGUCCAGUUCAGGAAAAGAGCCGGACAAUAAUUCCGACUCAGAUGAUCGAGGCGGAGCUCGUGGAUUGCUUCUGAAAACGUUGGUUGUCAUCGGAGGAGCAGUUCUUCUCAAGCGCCUCACCAAAUCUACUACCAACUGGGACCACACACGCAUUGUUGCGCAAUCUCUCAGCGGCGAAAAGUAUUCGAGAGAACAAGCAUCUAGGGAUCCUGAUAACUACUUCAAUUUAAGGUGGUUGUCAUGUCCUGCUGCAGAAAUGUCGGAUGGUUCAAAGGUUUUAUACUUUGAACAGGCAUUCUGGAGGACACCUAAUAAGCCUUUUCGUCAGAGAUUUUAUAUUGUGAAGCCUUGUACAAAGGACAUGAAAUCAGAUGUUGAGCUAAGUACGUAUGCCAUUAGAGAUGCAGAAGAGUAUAGAAACUUCUGUGAUCGCCCAAAGAACCAGCGACCACAACCUGAAGAAGUCAUUGGGGACAUUGCAGAACAAUUAACAAGCAUAUACCUGAAACGCUGUGAUCGUGGAAAACGGUGCUUAUAUGAAGGCUCAACUCCUCAAGACGGUUUUCCAAAUUCAUGGAAUGGAGCAACACGAUGUAGUUCUGAACUUGCUGUGUUGAAGAACAACGAGAUACAUAUGGGCGAUAGAGGCUACGACGAUGAUGGAAAUCAAGUUUGGGGAGUGAAAGGAGGUCCAUAUGAGUUUAAGGCAGCUCCUCCUGCUUCUUCAAGCUUAUUAACAGAUAUGAUUUCUCCUUUAAAUUACUCUUAUCCAUUAGUUGACAAAAAGAUAGAGAACGGUUCAUUCGUGCUUCAAGACUGACUCUUCACCUUUAUAUACUAAAAAUAUGAUCACUUUUUCAUUCCAUAUUAUUAAAUCUUCAUAAUGGGCCAGCCAGCCAUUAUAGGUGCUGAAAAGUCUAAAAAAGGUAAACAUGUUACAUAAAAGGUAAAUACUCUUUAUCCAUUCCUCAUAUUGUAAUUUAGUUUGAUCCA